AUGUCUCGGUCUGUAAGAUGUCUGUCUGAGGCAAGCAUCAAUUGCUUGGAAGAGAAGGAAGGAUGUGUGGUCCUUCCCUGGUGACCUGUCUAAAUUGCAAGGGGAAGGCGCUGCUUUGAGGUGUGGAUCCUUUUCUCUUCUGCAUGUCUGUGUCGUGUGUGCUGCAUAAAUGCACUGGAGACAUGGGGAAUUCUGUCAGCUGUGUGCGGAAGCCCAAGGAGACAAGACCAGGGAGAGGGAAGGAACCGCGUUCUGCAAAGAAAAAAAGGCAUUUAAGGAGGACGAAAAAAGAUAAUGAAGCAGAACAGGAUAAAUCUUUACCAAGCAAGGAUGAAAGAGUGAAGAUAGAGGAUAUGCCUAGUAAUACAUGUGCAGCAAUUGAAGAUCCUGGAAGCACCGACUGUAUUCCUGCAGAGGAAGGAAGAGUGCUCCAGGUGAGAGAGACAUUGCAUGGCAUGGUGCAUAGAGCUCAGCUGCUGAAUCCUAUAACUACUCCAGAAUCUCCACCAGCAGGGACCACAGUCAUCGCUCGCAUAGUGGAAAACCCAGCAGACGGCAAGCAGGGAUCGGUCAGCACCAUGGUGGCAUUUGAUCGAGCUGGUAAUAGCCGAGCAGUACUGCUGCCGAUUAGGGAAAGAGGCCUAGAAAAUGCUUUUGGCACUUGGAGCAGCACUUGUGAAGAAACUAACCUUGGAUUGUCCUUUCCAGAAAAGGCUAAAACAAUCUCAGAUAUUUAUGUCAGUGGGGAAUCUGGAGAUAUGUCUGCCAAAGAGAAGCUGCUCCUAUGGACGCAGAAGGUGACAGCUGGAUACAUCGGGGUUAAAUGCACCAACUUCUCUUCUUGCUGGAGCGAUGGCAAGAUGUUUAAUGCCCUUAUACACCGGUACAGACCUGAUCUGGUAGACAUGCAGAAGGUGGAAAUUCAGAGUAAUCGGGAAAACCUAGAGCAAGCGUUUGAAAUAGCCGAGAAUCUGGGUGUCACCAGGUUAUUAGAUGCUGAAGAUGUGGAUGUGGAUUCUCCUGAUGAAAAGUCUGUGAUCACAUAUGUGUCUUCUAUAUAUGAUGCCUUCCCCAAAGUCCCAGAAGGAGGAGAUGGGAUCAGUGCCACUGAAGUGGAUUCCCGCUGGCUGGAGUACCAGGAAAGAGUAAUGUCCCUUAUGCAGUGGAUUCGUCAGCAUGUACUUCUGAUGUCUGACAAAUCAUUUCCACAAAACCCUGUGGAGUUAAAGGCACUUUAUAAUCAAUAUGUACAUGUAAAAGAAACUGAAAUCCCAGCAAAAGAACAAGAAAAAGCCCAAAUACAGAAAUUGUAUCAGAUGUUUCAGGUCUGGAUUGAAUUUGGUCGCAUCAAACUCCCACCGUCUUUUCACCCAAAUGAUGUGGAGGAACAGUGGGGGAAGCUUAUACUUUCCAUGCUAGAGAGGGAGAAAGUUCUGCGUCCAGCUGUGGAGAGGCUCGAUCUGCUAUUGCACAUUGCAAACAGGAUACAGAAUGGCUGUCUGAGCUGCGAAGAGAAGCUAACGCUAGCAAGGAAUACACUGCAGUCUGAUGCUGCUAACAUUGAAUGUGGGCAGAGAACUCGGCAAGAGGUUGAGGUGCUGCAGUUUCUGCAGGAGAGUGAAAGUCUCCUCUGCCAGCUACAGGCAGAUGUUCAGAUCCUGAGAGAUGAGAAGUACUUCCAGGUGGAAGAACUGGCCAUCAGAGUUCUACGGAUUCAGGAUGAACUUCUCACACUCAGGCUGGAAUAUUCCAACCUUUACAGAAAAGGGAACUUUCUCAACACAGACCUACAUACUUCCUUGUCUGUGAACACAUCUCAACAACAGAACUUUCACACUUCACCCACUUCUUCCACUUCAUGGUUUAGAAAACCGAUGAGUCGAUCAGAGCUACUUUCAUUGUCAUCAUCCGAAGAUGAGGGCAGCCUCAGAUUUGUGUAUGAGCUCCUUGCCUGGGUAGAAGAAAUGCAGUUGAAACUGGAGCGAGCAGAGUGGGGCAGUGACCUUCCUAGUGUGGAGACUCAGCUGGAAAAUCAGCGGCAGGUCCACUCCAGCGUGGAGGAGCUUGCCACAAGUUUGCGAGAAGCUAGAAGCUAUGAGGUUAAAAUGUCUCCAAAUUUUCGCAGCAGCUAUAGAGAAACUUUAAACAAGCUUGAAAUGCAGUACUGCAAACUGAGGGAAACCUCUAACUUCCGUUUACGUCAUUUGGAGAGCCUCCAUGAGUUUGUGUCUAGAGCCACAGCACAGAUUAUCUGGCUGAAUGAGAAGGAGGAGGAGGAGCUGGCAUAUGACUGGAGCGAUGGAAAUUCCAACAUGGAGGUGAAGAAGGAUUACUUUUUGGAACUGACACAAGAGCUGGAGCAGAAGCAUGAUGUGAUCCAGUUCUUACAGGAAACGGCUGAGCUGCUGUCGCUGGAAAAUCACCCAGCAAAACAGACCGUGGAGGCAUAUAGUGCUGCAGUUCUUUCCCAAUGGCAGUGGGUACAACAGUUAUGUCUUUGCGUGGAGCAACAUUUAAAGGAAAAUACUUCCUAUUUCCAGUUCUUCAGUGAUAUACGGGAAUCGGAGGUCUAUUUGAAAAAUCUUCAGGAAUCAAUCAAGAGGAAAUAUUCCUGUGACCGGAAUACUAGUGUGAUCCGAUUGGAGGACAUGUUGCAGGAUUCCAUGGACGAGAAGGAGCAGCUCAUCCAAUCUAGGAGUAAGGUUGCCAGCCUGGUGGGGAGAUCAAAGAACAUUGUCCAGCUAAAGCCAAGGAACCCAGACCAUCCUCUAAGUGGCACACUGCCUGUCAGAGCUGUAUGCGAUUACCGGCAGAUAGAGAUUACAAUCGGUAGAAAUGAAGAAUGUGUACUUGAAGAUAACUCUCAAAGGACAAAAUGGAAGGUGAUUAGCACUACUGGAAAUGAGGCCAUGGUACCCUCUGUAUGCUUCCUCAUCCCUCCACCCAAUAAGGAAGCAAUUGAUAUGGCUGGCAGGGUGGAACAGCUGUAUCAGAAAGUGAUGGCUCUUUGGCAUCAGUUACAUGUAAAUACAAAGAGUUUGAUUUCUUGGCAUUAUCUACGCAAAGACAUAGACUUAGUCCAGAGCUGGAACAUGGACAAGCUUAAGGUUCUGCCAUUGGUGGAGCGUCUGCAAACCCUCUCCAGUCUUCAGUCACACCUGGAUGAUUUCCUAGAUGAAAGCAAAGACUCGCAAAUAUUCUCACCAACUGAUCGCCUCAACAUGGAGCAAGAGGUGGAGGCUUGUAAAGAGCAGUGCCGAAAGCUAGUGGACCUGAUAGAGGCCGAAGAUAAAGAUGAGUCUGUGGCACAGACCUAUUUAUCAGAGCUCCAAAAUAUACGUCUAUACCUGGAGGACUGUGAACAGCGACUGGUGAGGAGAUUGCAGAGUCCUUCAGGCAGUGAUGGAGACGCUGUACUUGAAAAUGCUGUACGGAUAUCCGAGCAGGAGAGGAUGCAGGACGAGCUGAAGAGAAUAAAAUCUGAAUUGUCUUUGGUAUCUGAACGCUGUGACCAUUUCCUGCAUAUGUCUCCAUCUGGCUCCAGUACCCCCAAUGUUCGCUCUCAGCUUGAUCUUAUAGUAGGGAAGAUGGACCAGGUCUAUGGCUUGUCCUCUGUCUUCUUGGAAAAACUGAAGACAGUAGAUGUGGUUAUUCGCAGUCUGCAGGGAGCAGAAAUUCUGGUGAAAGGAUUUGAAACCCGGCUAAGUCAGGAGGAUACAAUCCCUGCAGAUCUGGCUGCGAUUCAGGGUCAGCAAAACUUGCUACAGCAAUGGCAGAUGGAGGCAAUAGACAAAGAUAAUGUCAUUUCUGCACUGGAAGAGGAGCUUGCCAAAUCAAAAGAAGCAAGGGAACGUCUAAAUCAGAAAACCCAAGAACGCAGUCUUGAUGUAGAUCAUUAUCAAGACAGAACAGAAAAGCUUCGGGAGCGGUGGAGUGGCGUAAACAACCAGCUUGAAUCACGGCAAUUAGAAUUGGCUACAGUCCGAGAAGUGCUGAAAAGUUACAGGGAGCGUCACGACAGCUUGAUCCAGUGGAUAGAGGCAACAAAAUCACAGCAGGAGAUGAUGAAACCUGGACAGUCCGAAGACAGGAGAGUCUUGUCUGAGCAGCUGAAUCAGCAAACGGCACUGGUGGCUGAAAUAGAGCGGAAUCAGUCUCGUCUGGAUGAAUGUCAGACUCUGUCCCAGCAGUACUCUGUGUCUGUGAAGGAUUAUGAACUACAGCUGAUGACGUACAAGGCUUUUGUAGAAUCACAGCAGAAGUCCCCAAUGAAACGCAGACGAAUGCUGUCUUCCUCUGAUGUCAUAACGCAGGAGUUUAUGGAUCUCCGCACUCGCUACACUGCUCUGGUCACUCUGACUACUCAGCAUGUCAAGUACAUCAGCGACUCACUGCGGAGACUUGAGGAAGAGGAGAAGGUUCUCGAGGAGGAGAAGGAAAAGCACAUGGAUGAGUUGAAGCGACUCUCCAUGUGGGUGUCCGAUCAUUCUCAGGUGGUGUCUUCACGUGGUGGGGACCGUGCUGAUCUGAGGAAGUCCAUCUCUGAAAAAAAGGCACUAAGUGAGGAGCUUUUAUCAAAAAAAGAGCACAUUUCUGAAGCUGUGAAGUCCAUGCAGAUCUUCCUGGCCAAAAACAGUGAUAAGAUGUCACCUGAGGAGAGGGCAGAGAUCACUGCCCAGAUCCAGGAGCUGAAGGGAACAUAUAAUCACCUCUGUGAGGAGUCUGAUAACCAGAUACAGGAGCUCCAUACUGAGCUUGCAUGGAAAGCUGAGCAAAAGGAGAGUCAUGCUGUUGCUGGAGUUAUAGACCUGAGGUCCAUGGAGAUAUUUCCCAUCUUCUGUGCUGUGCAGAAAGGACUUAUUGAUCGAGAUACUGGUUUCAUGCUCCUGGAAGCCCAGGUUGUCUUAUCUGGAUUGGUUAUUCCAGAAACAGAUGAAAAACUGACCUUAGAAGAUGCUGUUGAGAGGAACAUCAUCGAUCUGAGAUUAUUCCAGCUUCUUCAAGAUUUGAGUAAUGCUAAGGAUUUGCUAGACAAAGAUAACAUUGGAAAGCAAAGGAUUUUGUCGCUCAUUACAGCAAUCAGAGCAGGGAAAAUCAGUGAAAGCGUUGGACUGAAAAUAUUAAAUAUCUACUUGGCAUCAGGUGUGUUUAGGCUAACACCCACUGGUGAAAUUACUGAUUUAGAUGCACCUUCUCGGGAAGUGUUACUCAGCAGUGGUCUGAUGAAAAAGUUGGAUACAUCUUGUGAAAAGGUUAUUGAUCCAAACACAGCAAAACUUGUGAGUUUAACUGAAAUUAUGGAGAGCUGCAUAAUUCACGAAUCUACUGGACUGAGGCUUCUUCCAGUCAAACAGUUAGCAGGUGGUAUGGUGUGUUUGAAGUCAGGAAAAAAUGUCAGCAUCUUCAAGGCAGUGGAAGAAGGACUUAUCGAUAGGCAAAUAGCAGUUAGACUGUUGGAAGCUCAGUUAUUUGCUGGAGGUAUUGCAGAUCCCAAAACUGGACAUAGACUGAGUGUAGAUGAAGCAGUGACAUACCAUUUGAUGGAUAAGGAUAUGGCUUGUGCUUUGCUAACCAGACAAUUGCAAGAUAAUGGCAUUGUGGAUGUUGCAACUGGACAAAGAGUUACAUUGGAUGAAGCUGUAAAACGCCGUCUUGUGGCUCCAAAACUUGCCCUCCUUUUAUUGGAAUCUCUUGCUUCUUUCAGUGGUUUUCUCUGGCCAGAAUCAGGUGAAGUGGUUCCAGUAACAGUUGCCCUUCAGGAAGGUAUUGUUUCUACUGAGUUGGCUGCGAAAGCCCUUGCCAACAGGCACUAUUUUCAAGGCCUGUAUGUAACAAAGAGCAGAGAAGUUAUGUUUUGGGAUCGAGCCAUACAAUGUGGAAUCUUAGAUGAAAGUGGUGCCAAAAUGUUGCAGUCUACCGGGAUUCCUGAUAUAGCGUGCAAUAUGGUAGCAGAACGCACCCAAGAACAUGGAGUCCAUCCUGUCUCUGUAUCUUCAGCUAGCAGCUUACAUUCAUUUGACAGCAGUGUUUUGAAAAUGUACAUGAAUUCACAAUCAGAAGGCAAUGGAAAACUGAUGUCUUAUUUUAUGCAGUUCAGCUACAUAAACGUUCAUAACGGUCAGAGACUUCUGCUUAUUGAUGGCAGUGAAAACCAAGUGACAGAUUUAUUCCUCAUGGAGCACAAAAACAUUUCCAGUGGGGACUGUCUGGAUAUGAAAGACAUUGCCAAUAAAAAUCGUCAUGAUCUUGAGACGAACAUAAACAUUGAACUUUUGGCAUCUUCUGCAGACAUAAUUUCAGACACAGUGUUUGAGCCACAAACAAGCCAUAGUCUGCUUCCAAGAAGCAAUAUUCUGUCUUCUGGUCCAGAUCAGCAUAAAACACAUGAGGCAAUGCCUUUAGCACUUAAGAAUUCAUUCCAAAGCCUAAAUCAACAAGCAUUGAAGCUCAAUGCCUCUGAUGAUAAAUCCUUGGAACAUAAACAAAUGACACUUGACACAGGACCUAGUGUAAGUGACGCCAUUCAUCCUGCUCUUCCUCUUUUAUCCACCAGCAGGAUUGGUGAUCUUGAGACAAUGUCACCAAUGCCCACUGUUAAGAAAGCUCUCAACCAGACACAAUUGUUAUCAUUAGCCAAAGUUAUACCAAAUGAGAAGGAUGUUCCACUAGAAAUACUAAAAAUAGCACAACCUCAAUCUGAAAUAUCUUCUGAAUCCAACAAAACAAAUUUAGAUAUUACAACAGUAAAGAGAAUGUCACAUGAGAGUGUAGAGCAUCCAGUAGUGACAUCUGAGCUUGGGAUGAUAAAAAGUCCUGACACAACAAGCAAUGUCCAGAAAACAAAAGAGUUGGGAAGUUUGCCUGUUUUUUUUAAAGAUAUGGUAACUGUUAAUGAAUAUAGCCCUGACAUGGAGGAAGAGGAUACUUUAUCUAUGCUGUCUGAACAGCUCAUAAACGGAGGUAUUGUUGAUGCAAAUUUCAGUCAAAAGCUUUUGCUAAAUGAGGCUGUGAGUCUUGGCGCAAUUUCCAGCCACACUGCUUUAAGACUUAUGGAGAGACUUGGACUGUUUUCUGGAUUCUUUGACUCUCAGACAUGUGAAGCGCUAAGCAUUCAGGACGUGAUAGAGGAAGGACUGAUGGAUGAAACACUCUUGAAGAAGGUCUUCGCCUCUGACAAGUCAAUUACUGGUAUUGUGGAUGUGCAAAACAAGAGGGUUUAUUCUGUGGAAGAUGCAAGGAAAGCAGGGCUUAUGGAUGAAGAAGUUGCCAGAAGCAUUUUAGAAGUUCAAGUGAUUGCUGGAGGUAUAUGUGAUGUGAGUAGAGGCAAGAAGGUAUCUGUCACAUUGGCUUCUAGCUUGAACUUGGUUAUUCCGUCUUACAAAGAUGAACUUACUAAGCUGGAGAAAGCUUCUAAAGGAAAAAGUACUGACAACAAGACUAAAGAGAAACUAAUUCGCCUACAGCUAGAAUCUAGUGGAAUCACAGAUCCAAAAUCUAAAAAACUAUUGUCUAUAGUACAGGCUGUUAGACUAGGCAUUAUUAGCAGACCUGAUGCUGUAAUCCUUUUGAAUAAACAAAUUCAAGAUGGUGGAAUCAUCCAUCAUUUAUCAGGAAUGAGGUUUUCCGUCAUUGAUUCACUUAAACAUGGACUUAUUGAUCAAGAUCUGUUUGAGGAGCUCUCAGAGUUUGAGUGCCUGCAUCAGUCAGGUCUCUUUCAGUCAUCGGGAAGGGAUACAGGCUUAUCAAAAAGCUUAGACAGAAGCUCUCCCCCUCCUUUCCAUGGUACAGAUUCCUCCAUUCAGUUUGGUACCAGACAAGAAAACAAUGUUGUUCCAUAUACUGACCUGUUAAAGAAAUGCAAAAUCGAUGUUUUGACAGGACAGAGAUAUGUACAGCUUGAUUUACUAGCAAAGAUGACUUGUGAUGUCCCUAGUGCAUCAGUAGAAGUCCAGUUAGAUUUGAACCCCACAAUAAUGUCUUACGGAAACUGGCAUGCACAAGACAAGAGCUCCUGUGUUUCUGGUGACAACACAAGCAGUAGUGGUCUGGGAGAAAACCAAGAGAGUGUUAAUGUUAACUUGAUUCCAGCUGAGGUUCAGGGCGAUGGUGCUCUGUUCUUAUCUAGAGGUCUUGUUACAGAUAUGGACAAUUUUAAAGUACCAUCAGGUAAUAGAAAAGAUCUAGAUAGCCGGCCAUCACAUAUUCCAGAAGAUGAUAAUGUGCCACAGAUGGAUUUUAAGAAAGAAUCUAUUGGUGACAUUGUUUCUCCGUUAUUGUUGGGAAAAAAUAUUGUGAAGAUGAAUGAACAAAGUGCAGAUAUGAAUGGUUCUACAGUGGUGUGUAGUAAUACUACUACUAGAAAAUCUGUCAUUCAGGAUGUAGUGUGUAAAUUUGAAUCAAAAGCAAAGUUGGGGUCCUCAAGUGUCAUGGCAGAAUCAUCCAUGAAGGAUGUAAACCAUGCUAAAAAACAUCGGUCAUAUCAACAACAUCUCCAGGAAUCCUUUUUUCAGGACACAACAUCUGGUGUAAAAGCAGGAACUGAUGAUUGUGUAUUUUUCAGUGCAGAAAGUAGCUCUUCAACUGUUAAAUCUGCUUUUCGUGAUACACAUUUAGAUGUAGAAAAAUCUAUUUUAGAAGUAAAUCGGUGUAUUAAUACUAGUGAUAGAGCAAGAGAGCUUUCCACUCAGAAUAUAAAACUACAAGAGAAAGAUAAUGCACUUGGUUGUAGAACAUUUACAGACGAGAAAGUAAAACAAAUCUUGCCUGAUGCUGACAUUCAGAAAACCAAAUGCUCCCCAGAAAACAAAAAUACUUCACACACCAGUCACUCGCAGUGCUUAAGCAUACUCCACGCUGAAGACUCGCAGGACCCUAUGUCUGUCAAAUUUGUUUCCCAAAAUGAAAAGAAAACCAACAGCAAUGGGAAUUCGCAGCACCUGAGCAGUGUAACCAGUACUGAUGUUCUUGAUCGUUCUAAAACAGCAUUUGUAAUGAAAUCUGACCUAAUAGACAGUGUGACUUUAGAUAAAGCUGUGGGGGAAAAAAAGGAAAAGACGUGGCAUAGUGUCGUUCAACAUAGAGAAAUUGAGUCCAAAGAUGACAGCAGCCUCCAAGAUUGCGCAUUGUCUUUAGUGAGUGAAGCAGGUCUAAGUAAAAAGAAUUCUGGUGUCAGCCCAGACCUGCACUUCCCUUUUCCAGACUACAUUCCCACAAUAAUAGGAGAAGAUGAUAAAUGUGUCAGAGGAACAGUUCUCACAUCCAGAAUAGUGACGGAGGACACACCGAAGGAUGCAUGGAGUAAACAAUCUUGCCUUGAACAUGAAGAGAAUCUUGUGUGCUUCCUGUCAAUGCUUCGCGAUAUUGAAGUGAGACUGGGUCCCCUACAGCCUGUCUUACCAGGCCUUCAAGAUGCACAGGAGAAUCUGAGACAGGCAGAGGUACUGAAUCAAGAGCUGAGAAAUUUGGAGUUCCCUGUGGCCCAGGAGCUGGACUUUGUGAAACAGAUUGUUUCUGAACAGCCACCACAUGUGCCAACACAGCUGCUCAGGGCUUUGCAGAAAGACGCAAAGAACUUGGAGAAGUCUUUUAAUUCAGUCAGAGAUAUUUCUGAAUCUCGCGUCGCUCAGCUCCACUCUGUGCUUGAGCUGGAAAAGGAAAAUGUAUUUGCACAUCACAAAGAGCUGGAAAAGAAACUUCAAUCUAUUCUGCAUUGGGUGAAGGACACCUCGGACUCACUUGACUGUCGGAUGACAAAUGACUUAGCAUUGCACAGUGAGGUUGACCUCAUAGAGAGUCUGAGGCAGCCUGUGGCAGACACCAGGCUAGAGCUGGAGAACAUUGCCUUUGAAAUUCAGUUCUUUAUUUCUGAGCAAGCUCAAAAUUUGACACCACAACAAAGCCGUGUACUACUUCGUCUUCUGAAUGAGCUGCAGAGGUCUUUUCGGCAGCUUUCAGAAAGAUUGGUAGCAGGAAAUGAGGUCCUGCAAUUACACCAGCAAAGGGCGAAAUACAGCAUGGAAGUCCAGACACUUCAGGAGCAGCAAGCGGUUUAUGCCCAGGGACUAGAUGAUCUAAGUUCUUGGGCUGAACUGUCAGAAAAAGCUGUGUGUGAUCACCAGGCCGGCAUUGGCACACAGGACCUCUCCACUCUUCAGGACCAGCACAAGAGCUUGCAGGAACUGCAGAAGGAUGUACAAGCUCGAGGAAACCAGUAUGCCAAUGCUAUCAAAGCCACAGAGAACUUCCUUGAGGAAAACAAGAGUAAAAUGACCCCCGAAGAGUUGGACUCCAUUAAGAGAAAGCUCCAGAAGGCAAAGGAACAAUAUCAUUCAGUGCUUCAGAAAACAGGGGAUGCAGAGAGACAACUAGAGUCUGCAGUAAGCACAGCUGUUUUAGAGGAGACCAAAAAGUCUAAAACGGCAGAGGAGCUGAAAGAAAACCUGGGCAAGAUUGAGACUCUCCUGUGUCAGGUGCUCCCUACAGUGCCUAGUAAAAGCAGCCUGCAGAAAGGCAGCGUUACUGACGGAAAGAAUUCUCGGAGCCUAAGUUUGUCAGAUGGAUGUCUUUCUACAGAAGAUGCUGCCAACAUCAUCAAUGAUCUCUAUGAGAAAAAAAAGGCACAGCAUCAAGAUAUGUUAGCCCAACAGCAGAAUUUCAUCUUGACUAUACAGUCAGCACAAAAUUUCUUGGAUAAACAUGGCAGCACACUAUCCCCUGAAGAGAGAGAACGGUUGCAGAACCAGCUGGCACGGUUGAAAGAAGAGUAUGCUGCCUCUCUGUCACAGGCACAGGUGCAGCUUAAGCAAGCACAAGGCCUGCAUGAUGACCUGCAGAACUUCAUUCAUGACCAUAGUGAGUUUGAGAGCUGGCUCCACCAGAGUGAAGAAGACUUAGAGAACAUACAGAAGGAGAAAGCAGACUGUGAAGCUUUGUCUAAUUUGCUGCAGCGGCAAACAGACUUUUCUGAAGAUGUGAUCUCUCACAAAGGAGAUCUGCGUUAUAUUACUAUUGCCGGCCAGAAGGUGAUCGAUGCAGAGAAAGCAGCUGCUGAAAAAGGCAGCGACGAUUUGGAGGUGGGAGUUGCGGGAGCUCUAGUGAAAAAUAAACUUGAAGAUGCUUCAAAAAGAUACAGUGCCUUGCAUUCCAAGUGCUCCAAGCUUGGAACUCAUUUAAAUUCUCUGUUGAACCGGUAUCAGCAGUUCCAGGAGGGCUCUGAUGCUGCCUUAGCCUGGCUGCAGAACACAGAGCGUUCUGUGCAAAAGAUACUUUCAGAACCAGUACCAUCUGAUCCUGUAGCUUUGCAGGCCCAGCUAAAGCAGGCAGAGAGCAUGCAGUGCGAUAUUGCGGAGCACCAAAUACAAAUGGAAAAAGUUCAUAAGGCUCUCCGCAGUCUAUUGGAAAUCCAAGGCGAUCCAUUGGCAGACUGCAGGAAUAUCCAGGCAACAACUGAUUCCAUAGAGAGUCGCUUCCAAAGUCUCUCCAGCCAGAUGUCUGCUCACUCAGAUUUACUGCAGAAAUCAGUAGCUCAGUCCCAAAGUGUUCAAGAAGGCCUGGAAAACCUCAUGCAAUGGCUAGAUGGAGUGGAGAAGUCUCUAGAGGGACAAAAAAAGGCAUCAAUGUCCUCUUCAUCCAUUCAGGAGGCCCUUGCUCAGAAUAUGAAACUAAAGCAAGACAUUGGAAGUCGGAGGGGAAGCCUGGAUGCCACUGGAGAAAUGGUAGUGAAAUUCAUGGAGACUGCAGACAGUGCUGCAGCUGCUGCCCUCCAGAACAAGCUCUCUGAAGUCACUGCGUGGUUUAACAAAGUCUGUCAGCAGCAGAUUCUACAAGAGACCGCUCUGAAAGAGGUCCUCCCAAAAGUGGAAAGAUACGAGCAGAUUUCAGAGGCGCUAGAGGAUUUCAAAGCAGCAACAUCCCAAUUGCUGGCCUCAGGAAACCAACCAGACAAAGACAUUGCUCAGUAUUCUGAACAAAUUCAGGAGUUGAAUAUAGAGAUAAAGCAACAGCAAGACCAGCUGGUUACUCUGGAACAGCUAGCCAAGGAGCUAAGCACCUGCCCUGUGCUUCUGGACUCAUCCCAGCACUUACAGAGGGUACAUAUGCUGAAGAAAGAUUUUCAGGAUCUUCAGGACGCAGCGAGAGAGAGAGAAUGGGAAGCUUUGUCAUGCCAGAAGGAUUUAGAAGAUUUCCGUAAGCAGGUUGGCACUAUGAGGAAGUGGUUGAAAGACAAUGAAGAGAGUGUCCCAUCAGCAGAAGCCUCUCUUGGAUCACUGGAGAUUCAGAACAGGCUUCAAGAAAUCCAGAGUGUCUUAAAAGAAUGGAUAACAAAGGGUCCACAAGUGGAAGCAAUUGCACAGAAGGGAUCUGAGCUUGAGAACAGAAUUAUGGAGAUAACUGCAUCAGAAAGUCAGCUGCGAAAAGGUUCUGUUCUGAUGACCUCAGGGAGCACAGUAGGGAACAUUAAUGGAUAUCAUACCUGUCAAGAUUUGACUGGCAUCCAGUGCGAUGUUUCUGAGAUUAGCCAGAAGUAUGAGGACCUCGGACUGGUGCUGAAGAGCCGUGAGGAGCAGUUGUCUAGUAUGUUGGAGAAUAGGCAAAAAGUUCAGCAAGAAACAAACCAGAUGUUGACGUGGCUGGAGUCUAAAGAAAAAGUUAUAUCUGCUGUCAAUGUGUCUCCAACAAAGAGUGAAAUAGUUAGAGCCCAGGCAGAGCAGAACAAGGAGUUCAUAUCUGAACUAGAGCAGAGUUCUGAAAAAGUGGAAAAGUUGAAGGCUGCAUUGAAAGAUUUGCUGGAGAAGCAUCCUAACUCUCCUGAGGCUGAGAACUGGAAGCAAAUGCUGGAAAAUCUUAACCAACAAUGGGACCGAGCCAAUCAAAUGACCUCAGAACGCCAGCAAAAGCUUGAGGAGUCUGCUAAUCAAUUAUCUACUUUCCAAGUCGCUUGCUCACAGCUACGUCCAUGGCUGACCGAGAAAGAGCUGAUGAUGAGUGUUCUGGGGCCUCUCUCAAUUGAUCCUAACAUGCUGAAUGCACAGAAGCAGCAGGUUCAGUUCAUGCUAAAGGAAUUUGAAGCGCGUAAAGUCCAGUAUGAAGAGCUGAAGCAUGCAGCCUAUGGUAUCCUAACAGGACCUGGGGAUGAGUCUCCAUCUACCAGCCAGGUGGAGGAGGAGUUCCACGAAAUAAGCCAAAAAUGGACAGAGUUGACCAACCGUCUCAAUUCCAGAGCGGACUACAUCGACCAGGCUGCUGUAAAGAGCAUUCAUUACCAAGAGGUCUUACAAGCACUAACAGAGAAGAUAAAGCAGACAGGCAAGAAGCUAGGUGCACAGCCAGCAGUUAGCACUCAACCCGAUGCUGUAAAGCAGCAGCUGCAAGAAACUAGCGGGAUUCGCUCAGACCUGGAGAGUCUUGCUCAUGAGGUUACAGAAGCACAGAUUCUAUGCAAUGAAUUGUCCGCAAUUGUGGCAGAACCAUACCUCAAGGAUGAGCUUCAAAAACGACUUGACACUGUGGCUCUUCCUCUUAAAGGGAUGGAAGAUUUGGCUGCGGAUCGUGUGAAUCGGCUGCAGACAGCACUUGCCAGUUCCCAGCAAUUUCAGCAGAUGUUUGAUGAGUUAAGAAACUGGUUGGAUGAAAAACAAAUGCAACAGUCAAAAAGUCCCCCAAUAUCAUGCAAAUUGGAGAAAUUACAAUCUCUACUUCAGGAGCAGGAGGAAUUCCAGAAGAAAGUGAACCAAAACAGUGGGUCUUACGAAAUGAUUGUUUCUGAGGGCGAGUCUCUGCUCAUGUCUUUACAGCCUGGGGAAGAGAAAACGGCACUACAGGGUCAACUAGUGAAUCUAAAAUCAAACUGGGAGGAGCUUGGGAAGAAGACAUCAGAAAGACAUGGCAAAAUGAAAGACUGUUUGAAUAAAGCUCAGAAGUUCACAAGACAUGUGGAAGGUCUGCUUCCUUGCUUGGAAGAUUGUGAGACCCAACUGAAGGAAAUGGAGGUUACUCUCGACUCAGAGCAGCUUGAGGCUCAGCUUCUCAGAGGAAAGGUCUUGCAGAGCGAAAUAGAUAAGAAACGUUCUCUAUUGGAGAUGAUGAACAGCACUGCAGACCUUCUGGUUGCAGCAGCUGAAGUUGAUGAUCAAGAGAUUCUAGAAAAGAAAGCCCAACUCAAUCAGAGGAUGGACAGCAUAACAGAACAACUCCAUGCCAAAACUGAGUCCAUUGAAGAGAUGUCUUUGAGGCUAAAGGAUCUCAAUGAUAGUUUUAGAAACAUUGAUAAGAAACUGGAAGGCGCAAAACACCACCUGGAGAUCUACACGGCCCUUGGUCCUCAAGCGUGCAGCAGUAAGAAUUUAGAAAACUUGAGGUCCCAGCAGAGCAUGCUCCAAAACUUGGACACACAAGUACAAUACUUGAAAAACCUGAUUCAAGGCUUAACAGAAGAUGCCCCUGAAGGCUCUAAUGUCUCAAGUCUCCUACAGCAGGCAGAAGAUGUACAACAUAACUUUGAGACUGUUAAACAGGAAGUUAAUGAAUGCUGUUUGAAUAUGGAACAAAAACUUCAAGGAAUUGGUCAGUUUCAUUCUGAUGUUAAAGAGAUAUUUUCUAGUUUGGCUGAUCUGGAUGAUGAACUUGAUAACAUGGGUCCAGUGGGGCGGGAUGUAGACAGUCUCAAAUCCCAAAGUGAAGUUGUCCAAAAGUUUCUGGAGACUCUCCAAGGUUUAAAAUCAGAUGUGGAGUGUUCUGAAAAGAAAUGCAGAGAUAUGUUAGAGAAUGAGGGAGGCCCUGACCUCAUAGGAUUAAUGCGGGAACUUGGGACAUUAAAUAAGCAGUGUGUUAAGCUUACUGAACGAGGAAAGAAUCGACAAGAGCAAUUGGAGGCCACACUGGGAAGAGUGGAGGAUUUCAAUAUGAAGCUAAAGGAGCUGAAGUACAAGUUUAUGGCAGCAGAGGGCAGUAGCGCUUUGCAAGAGGUCGUUGGAACUGAAGUUGAUGUUAUAAAGCAGCAGUUGGAAGAUUUUAAGGUUUUCCAAAAAGAGCAGGUAGACUCUUUACAGGUGAAGUUGCAGCAAGUAAAUGGUCUUGGUCAGGGGCUGAUACAGAGUGCAGACAAAAAUUGUGAUGUGCAUGGUCUAGAACAUGACACCGAGGAAUUAAACACCAAAUGGAACACACUAAACAAGAAGGUGGCAGAGCGGGUUACGCAGCUACAGGAAGCUCUGCUGCAUUGUGGGAAAUUCCAGGAUGCUUUGGAACCAUUGCUCAGCUGGCUUACCGACACAGAAGACCUGAUUGCCAACCAAAAACCACCAUCCGCAGAGUACAAGGUGGUGAAGGCUCAAAUCCAGGAGCAAAAGCUCCUGCAGCUUCUCCUGGAUGAUCGUAGAGCUACUGUGGACAUGAUUCAGGUAGAAGGGGCAAGAAUAGCAGAGGGAGCUGAUCCGGCAGAUGGAGAAAAAAUAAGCCGCCAACUAGAGACCCUUAAGGGGAAUUGGUCAUCUUUGUUGCAGAAGGCACAGUUAAGGCAGAAACAACUUGAUGACAUAUUGGUAUUAGCAAAACAGUUUCAUGAGACAACUGAUCCCAUAUUUGACUGGCUGUCAGCCACAGAGAAAAAAUUGUCAAAUUCAGAGCCAAUUGGAACUCAAACAGUAAAAAUUCAGCAGCAGAUCUUACGCCACAAGAGUCUAGAGGAUGACGUUACAGUCCAUGGGACUGAUGUGCAUGAAGUCAGCAGGCUAGUAGACUGUCUUUCUGCCCUCUGCUGUAGAGCCGAGCGUGAUAGGCUGUCACAGAGACUAGAUUUCUUGCAUGCUCGGUACAGUGAGGUGCAGGAUCUGUGCAGCAGAAAAGGUGCUUUGCUGGGGCAAGCUUUGAGCAAUGCCAGGCUGUUCGGGGAGGACGAAGUGGAAGUCCUGAACUGGCUGGCGGAAGUAGAGGAUAAACUAAGCUCUGUCUCUGUGAAGGAUUACAAGUUGGACAUCCUGCAGAUGCAGCACUCAAACCAAAUGACCCUAAGUGAAGAAAUUAUCAACAGAAAGAGACAUGUGGAUCAGGCUGUUAAAAAUGGUCAGGCUCUGCUAAAGCAGACGACAGGAGAGGAGGUGCUGCUGAUCCAGGAGAAGUUGGAUGGCAUCAAGACCCGUUACUCUGAAAUUACAGCAUCCAGUGGGAAAGCUCUGCGAACCCUGGAGCAAGCCCUGCAGCUGGCCAGCAAGUUCCAGACUACUCACGAUGAGCUGACUAGUUGGCUGGGACGGGUAGAGGAGGAACUGGCUCAGUCAAGCAAGCAGUCUCGUGCUGGAGAUCAAAUUCCGCAAUUCCAGCAGCGGCAAAAGGAACUAAAAAAGGAGGCCAUGGAAUAUCGUAUUGUUCUCGACACUAUAAACGAGGUGGGCAGUGCCCUGCUGGAGCUGGUACCCUGGAGGGCUCGAGAGGGUCUAGAUAAACUUGUCUCAGAAGCAAAUGAGCAGUAUAGAUCAGUCAGUGCCACCAUCGGACACAGGGUGGAUCAGAUAGAUGCUGCCAUUCAAAGAUCACAACAGUAUGAGCAAGCUGCUGACGCAGAGUUAGCCUGGGUGACUGAGACCAGGAGAAAACUUUUGGCACUGGGGCCGAUCUGUUUGGAGCAGGAUCAGACCACAGCCCAGCUCCAGGUGCAAAAGGCAUUCUCUGUAGAUAUUAUCCGCCACAAGGAUUCUAUUGAUGAACUGGUUGGCACCCAUGAAGAGAUCCUAGGUACAUGUGGGGAUGAACAGAAAGCCACUUUACAAGAGAAAACAAAGCUUCUGCUGCAGCAGUAUGAUGAUGUGAGCCACCUAAACUCCGAGCGGUCUGCACGCCUGGAGCGUGCCCAUGUGCUUGUGGGGCAGUUCUGGGAAACUUAUGAAGAAUUAAAUCCUUGGAUUGAUGAAAUGCAGACCAUGAUUUCCCAGCUGCCACCUCCUGCUGUUGAUCAUGAGAUGCUCCGACAGCAACAAGAAGAAAUAAGGGAAAUAAGGGAAUCCGUGUCUGAGCACAAACCUCACAUUGACAAACUGCUGAAGAUUGGGCCACACCUGUGUGAUCUGAAUCCUGAAGAAGGGGCAGCUGUGCAGGAGAAGUACAAAAAAGCAGAAGAGUUGUAUCUGAGAAUUAAAGAGGAUGUGCGAAAGAUGGCAAUGGCACUGGAUGAUGCACUAGCACAGGCAUCUCAGUUCCAUGACAAGGUAGUCCCCAUGUUGGAGACUCUAGAAAGCAUGGCAUCCCGCCUACACAUGCCUCCUCUGAUACCUGCAGAAGUGGAGAAGAUUCGUGAUUGCAUCAGUGAGAACAAGAACACACUUAUGGAACUUGAGAAAUUGCAGCCCUCCUUUGAAGCUCUUAAACAUCGUGGAGAGGAGCUAAUCAGUCGCUCACAGGGAAUAGACAUGGAUCCUGCAGCCAAAGCCAUUCAGGAUAUACUGGACAAACUAUUGUUCUUCUGGGAGGAUAUCAAAGCCAGGGCAGAUGAACGUGAAAUGAAGUACCUGGAUGUUCUUGAACUGGCAGAGAAGUUUUGGUUGGAUAUGGGUUCAUUAUUGACAACCAUUAAAGACACACAUGAGAUUGUUCAUGAUCUGGAAAGUCCUGGAAUUGAUCCAUCCAUGAUUAAACAGCAGAUUGAGGCUGCAGAUACUAUUAAAGAGGAGACAGAUGGGCUCCAUGAAGAACUGGAGUUCAUCCGGAUCCUCGGCGCAGACCUCAUAUUUGCAUGUGGAGAAACUGAAAAACCAGAAGUGAAGAAAAGCAUCGAUGAGAUGAAUGCCACUUGGGAAAACCUGAAAAAAACCUGGACAGAACGUUUGGAGAAAUUGAGAGAUGCGAUGUCCAAUGCGGUGCAGUAUCAGGACACCUUGCAGGCAAUGUUUGACUGGCUGGAUAAUGCUGUUAUUAAACUGUGCGAUAUGCCUCCGGUUGGAACCGAUCUCAAUACAGUGAAAGACCAGCUCAAUGAGAUGAAGGAGUUUAAGGUGGAGGUUUACCAACAGCAAAUUGAAAUGGAGAAGUUAAGCCACCAAGGAGAACUGAUGUUGAAGAAAGCCAUCGAUGACACAGAUCGGGACAUCAUUCAGGGACCAAUCACCGAGUUGAAACAUUUGUGGGAGAAUCUUGGAGAGAAGAUUACACGCAGACAGCACAAAUUAGAAGCUGCUCUUCUAGCUCUUGGCCAGUUCCAGCAUGCACUAGCAGAAGUGAUGUCCUGGCUGACACACACAGAGGAUAUGCUGGAUGCUCAGAAACCCAUCAGUGGAGAUCCUAAGUUCAUUGAGGUGGAACUUGCUAAGCACCAUGUUUUAAAGAAUGAUGUUCUUGCCCAUGAGAGCACUGUCCAAACCGUGAAGAAGGCUGGGAAUGAGCUGCUGGAGUCGAGUGCUGGAGAUGACGCCAACAGCCUGAGAACACGACUGGAAACCAUGAACAAGUUGUGGCAGUCUAUACUACAGAAAACAGAGGAGAGAGAGCAGCAGUUGGAUAUGGCUCUUCAGCAGGCUCAAGGCUUCACGGGGGAAAUGGAAGAUUUUAUCCAGUGGCAGAGCAGAAUAGAAAGCCAACUAUCAGCUGCUAAACCCACAGGUGGACUUCCAGAGACCGCCAGAGAGCAGCUGCAGGCACACAUGGAAUUGUAUGCUGAGGUCAAAGCAAAUGAGGAGCUUUAUAAACAGCUUCUGGACAAGGGAAACCUAAUGCUUUUGAGCCGAGAUGAUGCUACUGGCUCUGUAACUGAGCAGAAUGUAGCUCUUCUGAAGAGGAAGUGGCAAAACAUUUGCAACAAAGUGGAAGAGAGGAAGGGGAAAUUGGAAGAAGCUCUCAAUUUAGCCACAGACUUCCAGAAUUCAUUGCAAGACUUCAUCAACUGGCUGACCCAGGCUGAGCAAAGCCUGAACAUUGCAUCUCCACCCAGUCUUAUUCUGGACACGGUUCUCUUCCAGAUUGACGAGCACAAGGUUUUUGUGAAUGAGGUUAAUGUUCAUCGUGAGCAAAUUAUUGAGUUGGAUAAAACCGGGAACCAGCUGAAGUUUCUCAGCCAGAAGCAGGACGUUGUCCUAAUAAAGAAUCUUCUGCUUAGCGUCCAGUCCCGUUGGGAAAAGGUGGUUCAACGAUCAGUGGAGAGGGGGCGCUUCUUGGAUGAUGCCAGAAAAAGAGCAAAACAGUUUCAUGAAGCCUGGAAGAAGUUGGUUGAUUGGCUGGAAGAGGCAGAGAAUCAUCUGGAUUCAGAACUGGAAAUCUCUAAUGAUCCAGACAAGAUCAAAUUACAGCUUACUAAGCACAAGGAAUUCCAGAAAACAUUAGGAAGUAAACAGCCUGUUUAUGACACAACUGUCAGGACAGGGCGUGCAUUAAAAGAAAAGGCCUUGUUGAGUGAUGAUGUACAGAAACUCGAUCACCUUCUUGGAGAAGUGAGGGAUAAAUGGGACACAGUGUGUGGAAAAUCAGUGGAAAGGCAGCACAAGCUGGAGGAGGCUUUGCUUUUCUCUGGUCAGUUUAUGGAUGCUCUGCAGGCGCUGGUUGAUUGGCUGUACAAGGUGGAACCUCAGUUGGCAGAGGAUCAACCUGUGCAUGGAGACUUAGAUCUUGUGAUGAACCUUAUGGAUGCUCAUAAAGUCUUCCAGAAGGAGCUUGGAAAGAGGACCAGUAGCGUUCAAGCUCUAAAACGUUCUGCCCGGGAGCUCCUGGAAAGUAGUAGGGAGGAUACCACAUGGGUGAAGGUUCAACUUCAAGAACUUGGCACAAGAUGGGACACUGUUUGCAAACUAUCUGUGUCCAAACAGACCCGCUUAGAGCAAGCUCUGAAACAGGCUGAGGAGUUCCGUAGCACUGUCCAUAUGCUGCUGGAGUGGCUCUCUGAGGCAGAACAGACCCUGCGCUUUCGAGGGGCACUUCCUGAUGAUGCAGAGGCUUUGCAGUCACUCAUAGAUGUUCAUAAGGAGUUUAUGAAGAAGGUGGAAGAGAAACUAGUAGAUGUUAACACUGCAGUCAGCAUGGGAGAAGGGAUUCUGACUGUGUGCCAUCCAGACUGUAUCACCACUGUCAAGCACUGGAUCACUAUCAUACGAGCUCGGUUUGAGGAGGUACUGACUUGGGGGAACCAACAUCAACAAAGGUUGCAGGCUGCCCUUUCUGAACUUUUGGCCAAUUCUGACCUGCUGGAUGAAUUGCUAUCUUGGAUCCAAUGGGCAGAGACCACAUUAAUCCAAAGGGAUCAGGAGCCAAUGCCGCAAAACAUUGACCAGGUUAAGGCUCUGAUCUCUGAGCAUCAGAUGUUCAUGGAGGAAAUGACUCAAAAGCAACCAGAUGUUGAUAGAGUGACGAAGACAUACAAGAGGAAGACAACAGAUCCCAACCAUGCCUCAUUCCAUGACAAGACUCGUAACAGGAAACCAAUGGUGCAGACCACUCCACCUGUUUUUCAGCUUCCUUCUCAGUCAGAGACCAAGAAUCCAAGGAUCAAUCAGCUGUCUGCACGUUGGCAGCAAGUCUGGCUGCUAGCUCUGGAGAGACAACGGAAGCUCAAUGAUGCUCUAGAUAGGUUGGAGGAGCUAAAAGAGUUCGCCAACUUUGACUUUGACAUCUGGAGGAAGAAGUACAUGCGUUGGAUGAAUCACAAGAAGUCUCGGGUUAUGGAUUUCUUCCGAAGGAUAGAUAAAGACCAAGAUGGGAAAAUUACCAGACAAGAGUUCAUUGAUGGGAUAUUAGCAUCCAAAUUUCCAACUACGAAACUUGAAAUGACAGCUGUAGCUGAUAUCUUUGACCAGGAUGGUGAUGGGUACAUAGAUUAUUAUGAGUUCGUAGCUGCCCUUCAUCCCAACAAAGAUGCCUAUCGGCCAACCACUGAUGCAGAUAAGAUUGAGGAUGAGGUCACCAGGCAAGUGGCACAGUGCAAGUGUGCAAAAAGGUUCCAGGUGGAGCAGAUUGGAGAGAAUAAAUACAGGUUCUUCCUAGGGAACCAGUUUGGUGACUCUCAGCAGUUGCGUUUGGUACGCAUCCUACGAAGCACAGUAAUGGUCCGUGUUGGUGGAGGCUGGAUGGCUCUUGAUGAAUUUUUGGUGAAGAACGAUCCUUGCCGAGUUCACCAUCCAGGGAGUAAAUUAAAGAGAAUCGAUUCCGUCUCUUCCAUAGGUUUCGCAAGGGGAAGGACAAAUCUAGAGCUGCGAGAGAAAUUUAUACUGCCAGAGGGGGUUUCCCAGGGAAUGACCCCUUUCAGGUCACGAGGGCGAAGGUCAAAACCGUCUUCCAGGACUGCCUCUCCCACAAGGUCCAGUUCUAGUGCCAGCCAGAGUAACCAUAGCUGUACAUCCGUCCCAUCCUCACCCGCCACUCCUGCCAGCGGUUCCAAGACUCCACAGCAGCCCUAUCGCUGUUACGAGAAGCCCUGGCUUGUAAACAGCAAGGCUGGCACGCCCUCUAGGGGUCUUGAAUUCUCAGACAUCGAGAUCCCAUCGUUUGAGGUAACACCAGCACAAAGCAGCAAAAUGAAGAAGGCCGCUAUCCACACAAGCCGGUCAUCCCUCACAGGAGAUGUGUCUUCAGCCACACCAUCUGGUGCCAAAUCAGGCCGACCCGAUCCCAAAAAAAGUGGCAGUCGUGCCGGGAGCCGCACCGGAAGCCGUGCCAGCAGCCGCCGGGGAAGUGACGCCUCUGACUUUGACCUUCUAGAGACACAGUCAGCUUGUUCAGACACCUCAGAGAGUAGCGCUGCUGGGGGACCAUCCCGCAGAGGACUGUCAAAACCUUCCAAAAUCCCUACCAUGUCCAAGAAAACUGCCAGCACUCCUAAAACGCCAGGCACAAAGAGAUAGUCCUAAACUACGCAAAUGUCCGGCACAAGAGCAAAUAGCCCACAAUCUGGGCAGACCAUGACAUUUUCUAUCAUGUACUGUACAUCUGGAUGUACACUAAUUCUCUAGGUGGAGAAAUUUCUAUAGUCUAUACAUGUAAACGACAAAAAUGUUUAUACCUGCCUUAUCUGUUUCUUUUGGUUUUGUACGUUACUACUUCCAUGUGAAUAUUUCUGUAGAUACAAAGCCUUGUGUGAAUUCCUGGGAAGAUUCAGGGACACUGGUAGAAAGUUGGAGUGUAAAACAGGAGAGUAAACCGCUAAUAUUCUGACUGCAGGGUAUGGGACCCUUUUUUUUAGGGUUCAUAUCCUAGGGAAACACUACUACACUUUAAUAGGGAAAUCCCCUGUUUUGUAUAUGACAAUACUUUAUUAAAUUGCAGAGGGAUCAGAUACUGACACAAGAUUUAGUCUUUCUAAAUUGACAGCACUUGCACAUUCUGCUUAGACCAUACAAUAACUAUAUCAAGUCUCUUUUAGCAACUGCCAUUAAAAAUGGACAAAUAAUUGUGUGAUGUUUGAGAGCAGCAACAUGCGUGACAUUAAAUUCCAAAUCUUGGUGCAGCCUAUGCUUCGCCACAACCAUUUUGCACACAUCCCAGAUUCAUCUGAUUUUCUAAUUGUAAACUACAUAUGUUUUAUUUAUCUGCAUAGGAUUUUCUUAUUUAUUAUUUAAUGAUCAUUCCACUUAGGAAUUAUGUGACAUAUUCAUUGUAGACACAGUUGUGCAUCAAUAAAAUGGGAGCACAAUUCCUUCCUUACAUUUGUAUGCUGGUUCUCCCCCCGACAGACUGAACUUGUGGGGCGGAGGUGUUAGGACUCGGAUGGAUCUCUCCUGUUACCUGUCAUUACGUCCGGUUCUAACCAGGCUGCUGUGUGAUUUUCUCAGUUAGUUUGCAACAGAAGUUGAUGCUGUACCAAUGAACUGUUAAAACAAACAACAACACAUUUUGUAUUAAAAUUGCUUGCAGUAACAAAA